GCUGCUCCGGAGACGCCGCCUCCUUUCGGGAGCCUCCAGCCAAUGGGGCCCGGCGGGUGACGCUGCGGCUCCUUGGUUUCCCUUUUUCCCCUCCCCUUCUGUCUGGCUGCAGCGAGAGGCUCAGACGGGAAAGAGGAGGAGGAGGAGGAGAGGAAGGAGGAGGAGGAACGGGCUGGGAGGGGCGGCUUGAAAGAAGAACUCCGGGAGGAGGAGGAGGAGGAGGGGGAAAAAAAAUUGGACAAACGGGCAUUUCUUAGAAUUCUCACCUAACGGAUCGGCACCCUUUGCAAUAUAUUUCCCUUUGUGUCCAAUUCGGAUGCUGGAAAGGGAGGGAAUGAUGUGAUUCCGCUCGCUUUGGUUGGAUUCGGCGUCGCUGGCGUGGCUCCUUUCCUUUGUGUCUGAUUUGGGAAGGGAGGAGGAGGAGGAGGAGGCUGCGGUUCUGCUCGGAGAAGGAGAAGAAGGAGAAGAGGAGGAGGAGGAUCCCCGCUGCCCACCCACCCACCCGGUCGCCUCCCUCCUCCGGCCGGGACCAUGCCCAGCUCCUUGUUCGCGGAGAUGGAGCGGGGCGGGGAAGCCCUGGACGACCAGCGGGCCUUGCAGAUCGCCCUGGACCAGCUCUCCCUCCUGGGCUUGGACGGAGGCGGGGGAGGGGGCUGCAACGGCGGCGAGGCCGGCGCCCUCUUCGACCACGAGCCCCGCAAGAAGAGCGUCAACAUGACCGAGUGCGUCCCCGUGCCCAGCUCCGAGCACGUCGCCGAGAUCGUGGGCAGGCAAGGUUGUAAGAUCAAGGCGCUGCGGGCUAAGACCAACACCUACAUCAAGACGCCGGUCCGUGGGGAGGAGCCACUCUUCGUGGUCACGGGCCGGAAAGAGGACGUGGCCAUGGCCCGCCGGGAGAUCAUCUCUGCUGCCGAGCACUUCUCCCUCAUCCGUGCCUCCCGUCACAAGAGCGCCGCCCUCAACGGGGCCUCCGCCGCAGCCCCUGCCCCGCCUCACCUCCCAGGCCAAACCACCAUCCAGGUGCGGGUGCCUUACCGGGUGGUGGGCCUCGUCGUGGGGCCCAAAGGUGCCACCAUCAAACGCAUCCAGCAGCAGACGCACACUUACAUCGUCACACCCAGCCGCGACAAGGAGCCUGUCUUCGAGGUGACCGGCAUGCCCGAGAACGUGGACCGUGCCCGGGAGGAGAUCGAGGCCCACAUCGCCCUCCGCACUGGUGCCGGAGGAGUCGGAGGUGCCGGAGGCCUCGUCGAGCUUCCCGACGACAACGACUUCCACGCCAAUGGUACCGAUGUGGGCUUUGAGAUGAGCGGCAGCCUCUGGAGCAAACCCACGCCGCCGCCGCCUCCACCGCCACCUCCUCCACCACCCAGCAUCCCCCCAACACCUGGCCGCAAGCCUUUUGGCACCCUCCGCCAUGACAGCUCUAGCUCCCUGGGCAGCGCCUCCACCGACUCCUUCCACCGCCUGGCCGACUUCAGCCCGCCCAGCCCAGCCCUCAGCUUCACCCACCACAAUGGCAACGGUUACGGCGCUUACGGUGGCGCAGAAGGGCUGCCUUCGCCCGAUGUGCCCCCGCCGCCACCGCCCUUUGAUUCUCCGCCUGGCUUCGACUGUGCACCGUUGCUUUGGUCCCAUUUCGAGCGUGGGGCCCCCUCGUCUCCGGGUGCUGUGGCUCUCCCUGCUGCACCCAACGCUAACCUCGCUGUGCUGGUGAGCAGCGGAGGGCAGAGGCGUGGCGUUGGGCCGCCUCCGACGAGGGUCUCCCCACCGCUGCACGUGGCCCUUCCGGCCGAGCAGCCGCAGCAGCAUCCUUUGGCCCGACGGGUGCGGAGCGACCCCGGUGGCCGGCUGAUCGCGGCAGCCGUGGCCGCCGCAGCAGCUGCCUCUUCCUCUUCCUACCCACUCUAUGCCAAUGGGUUAAGCUGCCCCUUGUCCGGCCUGCCCUCCGACUCUUCGGCCUCUUCCUCCUCCUCGUCCAGCUCUUCCUCCAGCUCCUCGUGCUCCUCGUCGGGGCUGCGGAGGAAGGGCAGCCGCGAGUGCGCCGUCUGCUUCGAGAGCGAGGUGAUUGCGGCUCUGGUGCCCUGCGGCCACAACCUCUUCUGCCUGGAGUGUGCCAACCGCAUCUGCGAGAGGAGCCAGCCCCAGUGCCCCGUCUGCCACAGCGCCGUCACCCAGGCCAUCCGCAUCUUCUCCUAAAAAGAGGGCUGCCUUUUCUCCCCGGCUCCGUUUACACCAGGCAUUUAAAUAAGUUUCAAAGCGGGAUUGCUGCGCAGCUGAUUACCUAGGACACUGCUUCUUAAACUGUGCGUCCCCGUCGCUCAAUCCCGAAAAAAAAUGACAACAGUAUAUGCUUUCUGAAUGUCACCUAGUGGCUGUUUUAGACUUUUGCACAAAGCCGUUGUGCAGUGUUUACAGUGGACUCUGCAGAAGAUGCUUCAGCUGUAUUUCAUGACAGGAAACUCAGCCUGUUUAGCAAGCCUUGCCAAUGCCGGUUUGUUAUCAAUAGAUGUUUGAUUUUUUUAUACCUAUUUUAUAUACCAAUAUACCUGAGGUCACAUUAAAAUUUCUCGGGCCGGUGGAAAAGUUUAAGAAGCCCUGACCUAGGAGACCCUGCAACCAGUUGGUGACUACGCAAACCACAGAGCACUGAUGCGCAUUAAGGGCUUUCUUUCGCGCACGUUUGUGGGAGUUUGUUGUCUCGCCACAGUUUGAAGCUAGAUCUGAACCGCAUUAAAUGGUCAGUGCAGCUGGGGCCUCGGUCAGUCACACCCACACACCUAUAUUCAGGCGCACAACGUACGCACACCUCUAAGCAACCUCUUCCACUCACAUGGAUAAUCCUGCCUGUGUGUGUAUAUAAAUGUAGAUAUACAGAUACGCACACACAUACUAUCCACGUUGGGCUUUUCAAGCUGCAGUAGUCGCACAUCCCAAAAGAAAUCGCAAGAACACAAAGUCACAAUAGAGAGGACCUGACCUUUUGCAGGAUGGUCACCAUCUUUAUUUUUUAUUUUUUUGUAUUUUUAUUUUGCAUUGAGUGUACUGUAGCCUAGGAUGGGUUAAAGGGGGAUAUUUGUAACAUCUGGUGCAUGCUCUAAAUAUUAAGGAACAGCAUUCUAGAAAUAGACUAGUUUUACACUUUCUCUUUAAGACAAGCUUCCAAAAUGCUUCUCUUUCUCUCUCGUCUCUUCCUCUCUUGUCUUUCACACUGUUCUAAAUUAAAGUAGGAAAAAUGCAUAUUGGAGUAUGAUGGCGUGUGAACAGUUAGUAUAAUGUGCUGGUAGUUGCUUAGAUUGCUUCCUGAGAAAUAAAUGUAUGGAUGGAUUCCUUUCCUUGAAUGUUCGUGCAAAGGCGACAUUUUUUUCCUGUGAAAAAAAAAAGUUGAUGAUGAUGAUGAUGAUCAUAAUAAUAAUAAUAAUAAUAAUAAAUAAUAGAAACCUUAUGAUACUGCAGCUUUAUCAAAGAAAAAAAAGGAAACUGUAACAUAUCUCUUAUAUAUAUAAAUAUAUAAAAAUGUUUAAAGGUUUUAAAAGAUAAAUUGCAUUAAUACAGAUUGAAGUAUUUUAUUCUUUUUUGACUUGAAAAUUUAUAUUUCAUAUUGCAAAGAUGUUUACAAGUAUUUUAAUUUAAGUUCAGUGAACUUUUUUGUAGCUGGGUUAAAUUUUUUUUAUUUUUUUCGUAUGACCUUAAUGGCAAGGAACACUGUAUUAUUUUUAGUAUCACACAAUUGUGAAUGGAAUUACAAAACCAUAAAUGUGUAAUACUUUGAACAGUAUUCUGUUGGGAUGGAGAUUUUUUAUAGGUUCAGAAAAAAAAUCUUUUAAAUCUGCUUCGCCCAGCAUAUUUUCUAUUCAGUGAUAUGAAGCAUAUUUUAUUCUAUAUUAUUACAAAAAAAAUUGGAAGCGUUGAAAUAUACAUCAAAAGGAACUGUGGAUGCUUUCUAACAUUUGUAUAAAUAGGAUUCAGUGGAAAUUACAAAAAAAAUUCUGUUGCACCACUAUAGUUUAGUAUUUCUAUUUUAAUACAUUUGUUUACCACUUGUUUAUGUAUAUGUAGGUGAUAUUACUUGAUCUUAAAUGUACUUUACUGAGCAAAGUUUUAAAAGAAGUAUAUUUUAUUUUAUGAUAAAGGGCCUUUAACCUCAUGGUCAAAAUACUAAUAUUAUAUUUGCUGAGACAAGAUUUGAAAUUGUAUCAAGAGUUUUAUUUUUCUGACAGUUAAAGUUAUACAUAAUAAAGGAAAAAUACCUUAAGUAAUGGUGCUACUUCAUGUUUUUUAAGUAUUUCUAUAUAAAUAAAACAAUCCUUAAAAGUA